AUGGAAGAUUCAGAUUCAAGAUCACCUCAAGGUACUUCCAACAUUGAAAAAAAUAAAAGAGGUAAUAAGAAAAAUAUUUAUCGUAGGAAAAACAAUAAUAAUCGAACCAAGAAUGAAACUUCAAAUGAGGAUUCUAACAGUUCAUUGAAUAAACCAAAUUCCAGAACUAAUUCUAGAUCCAGAAGUAGAAAUAGACCUAGAAAUAGCAAUGGUAAUAGACAAUCCAGAAAUGAUGAAAAGUCAAAUGUGGAUAUUUCUGAAAGUAAUCAUGAAAGAAGUAAUAGCAAUGGAAAUAACAGUAAUAGAAGUAACAAUAGAUCUAGGAAUAGCCGAAGAAAAAAUGAUAACUAUGAUAAAUCUAAUUCUCGUUCAAAUUCCAACUUUAAAUCAUAUCAACCUCGUGAUAAAUUAUCUGCAGAGAGAUUAAAAAUACUUGGAGAUAAUCAAAAUAAGAUCAAUAAGGAGUUAGAAAUUUGUAGCCGAGUAUUGGGAUCCAAAUCUUUUAAAUUAUUUAAAAAAAAUUCCGAUUCGAUUUCAUACGGUUAUACGAUUCAUAAUAUUAAUAUUUCUGAUAUAUCAAAAUUCAAGAUUUUAGUUGAAAUUCCAAACGAAUAUCCAAAUAAACCAAUUAAUCUGUCCUUAAAUAACAAGAGUAUAGUGACAAUGAGUCGUACAAUGGAAAUUUCUAAUGAAGACAGUAAAUUUCAAAAACAAGUAGCCUAUUUACAAAAAUCUAUUAGAAAUUUUAAUUUUAAAGUACUUGAAUUACAACUUGCAAAUGAACCAAUAUUAGCACAGCUAAAUUAUUUUGUUCAAAAUUUAGACAUAUUAAUGAAUUCAAAUUAUAAAAAUAUCAGCGAAAUUUCCAAGACAUUCUAUAAUCAAUUUAUUUGA